AUGGCCACCGUUACUACACAAGCUUCCGCGGCGGUUUUCCGGCCAUGUUGUUUGAAAUCGAGGUUCCUUAGUGGUUCUUCCGGGAAGUUGAACAGAGAAGUGGCUUUUAGGCCUGUUGGUUGUUCACCUUCUGCUUCUUUUAAAGUUGAAGCUAAGAAAGGAGAGUGGUUACCAGGCUUGGCCUCCCCAGGUUACCUCACUGGAAGUCUUCCCGGAGACAACGGAUUUGAUCCACUGGGACUCGCAGAGGAUCCAGAGAAUUUGAGGUGGUUUGUUCAAGCCGAGCUAGUGAACGGGCGUUGGGCUAUGUUGGGUGUUGCAGGAAUGUUACUCCCUGAGGUAUUCACAAGCAUUGGAAUCAUCAACGUUCCAAAAUGGUACGAUGCAGGGAAAGCAGAAUACUUUGCUUCAUCUUCAACACUCUUUGUGAUUGAGUUCAUUUUGUUCCAUUAUGUUGAGAUUAGAAGAUGGCAAGACAUUAAGAACCCUGGCAGUGUUAACCAAGAUCCUAUCUUUAAGCAAUACAGCUUGCCGGAGGGUGAGGUUGGUUACCCUGGCGGGAUCUUUAAUCCUUUGAACUUCGCACCAACUUUGGAGGCUAAAGAGAAGGAAAUUGCAAAUGGGAGAUUGGCGAUGUUGGCGUUCUUGGGAUUUAUAAUUCAGCACAAUGUGACAGGGAAAGGACCAUUUGAUAACCUGUUGCAGCACAUCUCUGAUCCAUGGCACAACACCAUUGUUCAAACACUGGGUGGAAACUAA